UGGUCUCACGACACGAAAAUAGCAGUCUCAAUUUUCCUCUCAGAAAUUUCCAAUGGAAGGUGGCGUGAUUAAAUACGGAACUCAACAAGACUAUGCCAAUUCCAAGUGGGUCGUAGCGUAGGUUCUCUCUUCCAAUUUCUAUAUAUGUUUUGAUUCAAAAACCGACUGGAUUUGAUUUGACAGACCCAACAAAAAUGGAGAUCCCCACAACGCUUUUCUUCCUUAUCUCCUUGGUUCUCUCACAGUUGAUUUUGAGCACGGUUUCUCAGCCGGACUUUUUCUUUAGCAAAUGCUCAGACAAAUUUGGCAACUACAGCAACAGCAGCCCUUUCAGGGGAAAUCUGAACAGCGCACUCGCCACCAUCUCCUCCAAAUCCAGCACUCAGGUAGUUGACUACGGCUUCAACAACGCCUCCUCCGGCGAAGAUCCCGACAGAGCCAACGUUAAGGCGCUAUGUCGUGGAGGCGUUUCCUUGGAACAAUGCAGAAUUUGCGUGAGUAACUCGGUCCGGAGGAUUUUACAAAAUUGCCCUUCCCAGAAGGAAGGCACUGGAUGGUACGGGAAUUGCCAGAUUGUUUACUCAAACAACUCCGUCCAUGGGGAGAUAUCCAUUUCAGGGGCGACCCGCAUUUUAUACAACACCGGUAGAGCCCCAGACGCGAAGGGUUUCAAUGAGGAACUGAGGGAGUUGCUGGAUGGGCUGCGGGACAGGGCUGCGUCAGGGAGUUCUAUUCGCAAGUCCGCCAGCGGAGAUGUGAGGCUUGAAGCUCCGAAUACGUAUACCAUAUAUGGGCUUGUUGAUUGUUUUCCCGACAUGUCGUUCUUCGACUGUGAUGUGUGCCUCAGUCGGCUUCAGAGUAAUCUUCCCAGUUGCUGUAGCGGCAGCAUAGGGGCCAGAUUGGUUGUCACUAGUUGUCAAAUCAAUUAUGAGAUCCACCCUCUGUAUGAGUCACUCCUCUCUCCGCCCUCUCAAUACGCGCCUCCAACAAUUUAGCAUUCCCAUCAUUUGUUGGGAGAAGAAAGAAAGUUGAUUAAGUUCCAAUGUUAUUUGAUGAAUUCGAUGCACUGCCAAACCCAAAUCACUAGUUGGGAUUUGGGAAGGAAGGUUAGAUUAAUUAGCUUUAUCAAUUUUUUUUUUAUUUUUUAUUUUAUGAACUGCUCAGAGGAAAAGUUUUUUUAACUCGUCCAAAUUUUACAUGAAUUCCGAGCGAGUUUUCUUCAAACUCAUUCAAUUUUAGCAAGAUUCAAACACGAUGUUUAUCCAUUUAAUUUCAACUAACCCAAAUUAUAAUAAAAAC